UCCGCUCUCGCACUGAUCCGCCGUUGCCUUGCCCGCUCUCAGCUGGUGUUGCGACCACACAGCCAGUGUGUGCUCUCCGCUCGUUGUUUGGUACUUUUGGUGAACUUUAUUUCGCCUAGUGUGCGGCGCGUUGCGCAUCACCGGCUCCGUGAGGGGGGGUUUUCAAAACUUGCCGCUGCAAAAAUGGACUGAAGCAACAACUCAACAAAGUGUGGAUACUUAAAAAGAAAAAGGAAGAGUAUUUUUCUUCUGUAGAGAGCGACCUUUUUCUGAAGGGGGUUGAAUUACCAUCAUGGAAGAGGACGACGGGCAUCAUGAGAACGGUAUCCACGCCACCAAGGACUCGGACCGUCAGCAGCGGCUCCGGCUUUGCGUUUUAAAUGAAAUACUGAACACCGAGAGGGACUAUGUUCGCACAUUGCUUUUCCUUCAGUCGGCAUUUUUGCACAGAAUCAGACAAACUGCAGAUGACCAACAGUGUCUCUCACCUGAACAUGUCAAGAUUCUGUUUUCAAAUAUUGAGGACAUCCUGGAGUUGCACAAAGAGGUGUUGUCUGCAGUCGAGACCAGUCUGCAGCCCGAACCCCACCCUCAUCAUGCACUGGGACACGUGUUCCUCCAGUUUAGGGAGAGUUUCUCAGUGUACGGCGAGUACUGCAGUAACCAUGAGAAGGCUUUACGACUUCUCAUGGAGCUAAACAAGAUCCCCAACAUCAGGACCUUCCUGCUGCACUGUAUGCUACUCGGAGGGAAGAAAAGCACUGAUAUUCCCCUGGAGGGCUACCUUCUCACCCCCAUUCAGAGGAUCUGCAAGUACCCUCUUCUCCUGAAGGAACUGCUUAAGCGGACCCCUAAGAAGCACGCUGACUAUCCAGCAGUGGAAGAGGCUCUGCAGGCCAUGAAGGCGGUGUGCUCCAACAUCAAUGAGACCAAGAGGCAGAUGGAGAAACUGGAGGCUCUGGAACAGCUGCAGUCCCACAUUGAGGGCUGGGAGGGAACAAACCUGACAGAUAUUUGCACAGAGUUGCUGCUUCAUGGAAAUCUCCUUAAAAUCUCAGCCGGCAACAUCCAGGAACGUGUCUUCUUCCUCUUCGACAACCUUCUGGUUUACUGCAAGAGGAAGUCCAGGGUUUCUGGAAAGAAGUCCACCAAAAGGACCAAGUCUAUCAACGGACCCCUGAACUAUGUGUUCAGAGGUCGAAUCAAUACUGAGGUGAUGGAGGUAGAAAAUGUAGAAGAUGGAACAGCGGAUUAUCACAGCAACAACUACACAGUGACUAAUGGCUGGAAGAUCCACAACACUGCUAAAAACAAGUGGUUUGUCUGCAUGGCCAAAAAUGCAGAGGACAAGCAGAAGUGGCUGGAUGCCAUCUUGAGGGAACGGGAGCAGAGAGAGAGUCUCAAACUUGGAAUGGAGCGGGAUGCCUACGUGAUGAUUGCAGAGAAAGGGGAGAAGCUCUACCACAUGAUGAUGACCAAGAGUCGGCACCUGAUUAAGGAUCGACGCAGGAAGCUCAGCAUUGUACCCAAGUGCUUCAUGGGAAAUGAGUUUGUGUCAUGGCUGAUAGAGAGUGGAGAGAUCAGUAAGCCUGACGAAGGAGUCAACCUGGGACAAGCUUUGCUGGAAAACGGCAUCAUUCACCAUGUGUCAGACAAGCACCAGUUCAAGAACGAGCAGGUGUUGUACCGAUUCCGCUACGAUGAUGGCACCUACAAAGCCCGCAGUGAGAUGGAAGACAUCAUGUCGAAGGGCGUCAGGCUGUACUGCCGCCUGCACAGCCUCCACACGCCUGUCAUCAAGGACAGAGAUCACCAUCUGAAAACCUUUAAAUCUGUGGUGCCUGCCAGCAAACUGGUUGACUGGCUAAUCUCGCAGGGAGACUGCUCGACCCGAGAGGACGCUGUGACGCUGGGUGUGGGGCUCUGCAACAAUGGCUUCAUGCACCAUGUCUUGGAGAAGAGCGAGUUCAAAGACGAGUCCCAGUUCUUCCGCUUCUAUGCAGAUGAGGAAAUGGAGGGAACCAGCACCAAGAGCAAGCAGCUCCAGCGCAAUGACUUCAAACUCAUCGAAAACAUCUUGGUCAAAUCCCUGGUGAUUCACCCUGAGGAAGAAGACUAUGGCUUUGAGAUUGAGGAGAAAAACAAGGCCAUUGUGGUGAAAUCUGUCACCAGAGGCUCACAUGCUGAGAUGGCUGGCCUGCAGGUGGGCAGGAAGAUCCACACCAUCAACGAGGACCUGCUGUUCCUCAGGCCCUUCUCCGAGGUGGAAACCAUGAUCAGCCAGGCCUUCUGCGUACGACGCUCCCUGCGGCUUCUGGUAGCCACCAAGGCCAAAGAGAUUGUGAAGAUCCCUGACAACCCAGACAGCCUCUCCUUCAGACUCUGUGGCUCUUCCCCUCCUCACGUCCACGCUGUCAGGAAAGGCUGGGAGGCGGCAGCGGCGGGUCUUCAGCCCGGCCAGGUCAUCCUGAAGGUCAACGGCAACAACGUCAACCGCAGUGACUACCAAGAGGCCCUGGAGCACUUCACCGCCCAGCACACACACCAGGAGCCUCCCCAAGCGUGUCAGUGGGUGUAUCGUGCAUUUGAGGACGUGGAAGAAAGAGACCGCGGUGCAGGUGAGAAGGAGGAAAGCCCUUUCAGGCCUUAUCCAGUGGAGAAUGGUUCUGACCACGAGGAGGAGAAUGGCACCAAUGGAACAGACCACCGACUGAGCAGACUUUCCCUCUCCGACGAGCUGCCUCUAGUCAGUAUGACGGUGGAUAACGUCCAUCUGGAGCACGGUGUAGUUUACGAAUACGUCAGCACUGCCGGCAUCAAGAGCCACGUCCUGGAAAAGAUGGUGGAGCCCAAAGGCUGCUUCAGCCUCACCGCUAAGAUCCUGGAGGCAUUUUCUGGCGAUGACAGCCUCUUUGUUCGUAACUGCAGCCAACUCAUCUCCCAGAGCGACCGAGUAGUUACCAUGCCUCAGUACGAGUUCAGACAAAUCUGUGACACCAAGCUGGAGAGCAUUCGACGGCGUAUCAGCAGCUAUGAGCAGUUUGCCCUGGAGCUGAAGAACAAGGCGUGGCCCUGCUUCAGGCAGGCCGGCGGUCGCCCUCAUCCACUGGGCUGCAUGGACUUUGUUCCCACCAAUUGCCAUGUCAACUUCAUGCAGGUCUCCUACCCCAAGAGUACUACCUCCGCUGGCAGGACUUUCAGCAUCCGCUUCGGGCGUAAGAACUCCCUGUUUGGCCUGGAUCCUGACCAAGGUAGAGGGGACACGCGUACACACACGCCUCGAUCGACACAACUGAACCCCAUGUCCCACACCCAGCACUGUGUAACCAGCAUGGGAGCUCCUUCCUGGAACUGCUCUGGUCUGGAAGGGGACGAGGCAGACGGCAACGGGGAGGUGACCGUAGAUGGAGGCGAGGGUGGCCACAGCGAUGGCGGUUUAAGCUUCCUGCUCAAACAGGAAGACAUGGAGACCCAGGAUGCCUACAUUCACUUGUACAGCCGCCUUGAUGUAGCAGUAAGGGAGAUGCGGCAGUAUGUUGCUCAGAUAGACGUCCUCUUGUCAUCUAUCACUGAACCCACACAACUCCAAGGGGAAGGUGGGGAGCCUCCGGUUUACGAGCCCAGUCAGCCACCUUCUCUGGCCCCCUGCGAGGAUGGCUGUGACCAGGACAAAGUGGAGCAAGGCGGCAUCAAAAGGGUGUGCUUCAAGGUGAACGAGGAGGACCAGGAGGACUCGGGUCAUGACACGAUGAGCUACAGGGACUCAUACAGUGAAUGCAACAGCAACAGAGAUUCGGUCCUGUCCUACACCAGUGUGCGAAGUAACAGCUCUUACCUGGGGAGUGAUGAGAUGGGAUCAGGUGAUGAGCUGCCAUGUGACAUGAGGAUUCCCUCUGACAAACAGGACAAGCUGCACGGCUGCCUGGAGCAUCUUUUCAAUCAGGUCGACUCCAUCAACAGCCUACUCAAAGGACCUGUCAUGGCCAAGGCCUGUGAAGAGACUAAGCACUUUUACUCCGACCACAACCAACCAGAGUUCCGCCAAACAGAAGACUGGACUGUUCGUUGUCGUUACAUAAUUCAAAAGAACAUCCAGGAGGACCCUUGGAACCUGCCCAGCUCUAUUAAAACCCUGGUGGAGAGUCUGCAGAGAUUUGUAGAUGAUGGAAAGAACCAGCUUCUCCUAGCUCUGCUUAAGUGCACAGACACAUCUCUGCAGCUGCGCCGGGAUGUGAUUUUCUGCCAGGCGGCGACGGGCGCCCUGUGCACGCUGGCAGAGCAGCUGCUUGCAGCAUUGCGGUCGCGGUUCAACAAUGCCGGCGAGUACCAGGAAGACGGCAAGGAGACCAGCCGCAAGUGGCUGGAGCAAAUAUCUGCUAUUGGCGUGCUGCUGCACUUCCAGUCCACGCUAGCUCCACACCUGAAAGAGGAGCGGACCAUGCUGGAAGACACCAAGGCAGCCCUGUUGGACUUGGACAAAGUCACUGUGUUCUUCAGGCAACUGGAGGACGAGUGUCUAGUCGCAAAUACACCGGUGUGUUACCAGGUGGAGGGCAGCCGACAGGCCCUCAGGGUCACCCUGUACCUGGACAGCUGUCACUUCAGUGAGCUGCCCAGUCGGCUGCAAAAUGGAGGCAGCCUCAAGCUCCACACUGUGCUCUUCACCAGGGCACUGGAGCGUCCAGAGGGAGUGUCCCAGCAGGAGUACACAGCCAUGGAGGAGUUCCAGCAGCGCACCAACGCUGUCUCACUAGAGAAGGUCAAGGCCUACUACCGCAGACUCAGGGCUUUCUAUUUGGAGAAGUCCAAUCUCCCCACAGACUCAAACACCACUGCAAUGAAGAUAGACCAGAUACUGGGCCUUGAAGUUAGAGACCUGCGACCAAGCAUUUCAAAACUGCUGCGACCCCUCAACACACUGGACGAUCUCUGUCGACUAAUGCAGUCCUAUGUCAACGCGCGCCAGAGUGCCCAAGGCCACCCGUCAGGUGUCAGCGUGCUGUGUGUGUCCUCCGAGCUGUGUAACCGUCUGGGAGCCUGCCACAUCACCAUGUGUGGUACAGGCAUGCAGAGAUGUACCCUAAAUGUGACACUGGAGCAGGCAAUGAUCUUAGCCAGGAACCAUGGUCUCAUGCCACGCUGCAUUAUGCAGACCAUGGACAUAAUGCGCAAACAGGGGGCAAGAGUUGAGCUCUCUGCUAAGAAUCUCAAGGUAAUGGACCAGAUGCCUCCAUCAUUCCCAAGGCUCUUCAAGCUGUGUUUGCCCCCCUCAGAUGGAGAACUCUAAGAGCAUCUUCACUUCAGAGAAGCCAUCUGAGAAAGGGUAAAUGUGGGAGAGGAACAUAAGAUGAGAGCUGACAAUAACAAGAGUGCAAGUCUCACUGCUUUCGUUCCAAGAGACACUGCCAAUGGAAAGACCCUUGCCCCCCGCCCCCCACCGCUCCAGUUACACAGGGAUCAUUCCACCAUGGAUACCACUAGAGUCUUCAGUGCAACAUAUUGGCUGAACGAGACUGUACAAAUGACUAUUGUCAGUUACCAGGGAGCACGUACAGUGAGAUUGAUGCAGCCUGAAACUCAAGAUUAAUCAUGUACUGUUAUACUGGGAAACCCCACCCCCCAGAUAGAAGUGGUAUUACUUUGGCUGUCUGUCUCCACAAAGCUGACACGAAUGACUUGACAACUGGUGCAAAAUACUCACAUGAAAAGUGAAAGGGAGAUGUCAGUUUGUGGUCUCCAUUCUAAAGACAUCCACAGUGAUUCUGCUUGUAACUGAGCUCUUACUAUUAACUGGAUUAACCAAACUACCUGUAGCUGACUGUCAUCCUGAAUGCAGAUGUUAUCCGUUUUGCCUUGGACUGCAACUCCAGAGAGCUAUGUCUUUCUCUGUCUGGGCUGGUGUUCCCCAGGGCUCAAUGUUUGGACCCCAAGUGAAGUAGAAUAGUUGUGAGAUAGAAUACCCUGCUAUUCAUGUAUGUUAGCUGGCUAAAUAGAUGUAGAAAGGCAAAGAAUAGACAGAAAUGUGGAAGGUAGGAAAUGAGGGAAAGAUGGUUAGAUAGAGGGACAGGGAAUGGGGGGGCUGCUUUUUCUUUAGCCCAUUGCAUGUGGUUACUGUGCAAUUACUGUAGGUUUAGUGUGAGUACUGUAUUACUGCACUAUAUGAAGGAUAGUUAUUUAUUGUGUCCGGAAGGAGCAUUUUUAUCCCUCACUUAUACUUAUAUCAGGUAUUAAAGAAUCUAAAAGCAUUCCAGCCUACGUAUUGAACAGUAUUUAAAGGACCAAUGGCAUGCCAUUUUUUUUAGAUGUAACUGCUUGUGUAUUUUAUUUAUAUGUUUGGACUUUUAUCACAUCAGGAAGUGUUAAUUGAUCUUCAGGGAAAGCAAGGAGGGAAGACGAUCAGAAGCUAGCUAAUCAGAAUCAGGACAAAGAAAGCUAAAGCAAACUAUGAGACUGUUUUUCAGUAAGCAGCCAUGUCAACAGGUUGGGAUAUUGAGUCAUUGUUAAAUUAUUAAUAUAUUAAUUCAAAUGUACUAGUUGAAGGUUUGCCUUCUGUUAACUAAGACAUUAUUUUGAUUUUUAAAUUGGUUUUUACAUCGUCUUGGGACUGUUUUUACUGUAGGUAUUAAAAUAAGCACAACGAUUGGUCCAUUCAAGGUGCAGUGUUAGCAAAAAGUACUGUAAGCGGUUUGUGGAUGGUGUAAAACAAAGGGAUUCUUUCAGGACUGAAACACAGUAACAUUAUUUUACUGAAGAUUUUCAUUUCUUGUACAUACAAACUGUAACAAUGUUGGAGAAAAACGAUAGGAUGUGUCUCACAGCAGCGGAGUAAUGCUAUAAGUUAAAUUGGAUUAUUUUUAUGGAGAUAAUAUAGUAUAUAAAACAUUUUCUAUUUGUGACUGUGCAUUUAAAGAGAAGCUGUUUCUCUAUGCUGAGCAUAACCUCACUGACAACUUGUUGUUUUUGACUGUUAAAAAGGUUCGACGUGCAUUUCAAGAAACUGUCGUUGACAUGCUGCAUUCAUUAGACGGAUCACUUAGUCCUUUUUAUUUAUUCAAAAGCCGUCUGCUUCCAGUUGUGCAUGUUGGAAUCGUCUCCACACAUCCCCCUGCACUAGCAUGGCCUCUGUAAAUUUGCAUCCCAUCUAAUAGACUCAUUUACAUUAUUGUAAUUUCCUUUAUCAAAUCUAAUUUGAACAUUACAUAAACUCAGAAAGCAGGAGAUUCCAUAAUUUGGUUUUAAGUGUGUGUCACCAGUUUAAAUUAGCUAAUGACUGCAGCAUGGUGGUGUAGCUGGACAAACAAAUAUGUCACUGAUUACACAUUUAUUUACAUUAUUCUAAUGUUUUUGUAUAUACUUUAUUUGCAAUUUUAUGUUGCUUGAAAAUAACUGUACAAAGGAUCUUUGUUGAAUCUUUCUAAAAUUAUAAUUGUAAAUGCAAUCUUAACAAGAUAGUAAAUAAAAUGUUCACAGUA